AUGAUCAUCAUCAAGAUGCUCAGCCAGGAGGAGAGCAGUCUCUCUGUGUCCUGCAAUCUUCCAAACUAUGGCUAUGCCAAGCCCCGCCCAAAGGGCGCCGCCAUGGAUGUUGAAACCUCAGUAAAGGACAAAGCUUUUACCCGUUAUAUGGCAUACCCAGUUGCUCCAAAGACAGAUAUUAGGACUACAACAACUUCGGAUAUCAUAGUGGACAUUCUUCAGAAGACAUGUUUACAUCCCAUUUGUCUCAAGAAUCCCCCCUAUUUGAAAUACACAAUACGUUUCCUAACUGAAUUGAUAAAAAGGCACAAGAUGUUUGCGGCUGAACCUCUGGAUGUACUGUAUGAAGCGCUCGGUGAAGUCAUGUGUGCACAGGAGGAGGACAUGUGCUACAAAACCUACUUACUGCCAACAGGAGAUGCUGUUAGUCUAGCAGAGAAUGUGGCCCUCAUCUCUCAAGGCACCACAGGUCUGGUUACCUGGGAGGCUGCCCUAUACCUGUCUGAAUGGGCGUUGGAAAAUACACACAUCUUCAAAAACAAGACGGUUCUAGAGCUGGGUAGCGGAAUUGGACUUAUCGGCAUUGUAGUGUGUCGGUCAUCCAGCCUAACCAAAUACAUCUUCAGUGACUGCCAUCAAACUGUGCUUCAGAGGCUGAAGGACAAUAUCAAAAACUGCUUAACUAACUGUGACAGCAACAGAACGUCAGUGUGCGUGGAGGAGCUGGACUGGGAAAAUGUGUCUGAUGAACAGCUGCAAGAAUAGGCCGGCACCAUCAUUGCCGCAAAAAUGGGACAUUAUGAGACAUUAUGA